ACAACAAGUGCUGCCAAAUAGCAACCACAGCGGCCAUGAUAGUCAGUGAAACAUUUUGAACUUCAGCGAAAAGAACUCAACAAGACAACCCGUGCGAAUUAUUCUUUUUAAGCGAAGUAGAACUUUAAAAUAAGAAAAUGGCUCUUCCAUUCCUCCCUGGAAAUUCUUUUACCGAUCCAACGAAAGCUAAAUUUCAUCGACCUCAGACACUUGGAUGGAUGAAUGGCUAUUCUGUGCCGACAGCCCCCAUUAUAGGUAUCGGUGGAGACCCGAUACCUGUUAAUAAACUAACACAGGAAGAACUAGAUGAGCUAGCAAAUCUCAAGCCAUCCUUGACAUACGGACAAAAGGUUCAGGCACCUCCAGAAGAUUUUGUUCCUGCUCAUGUUGCUUUUGACAAGAAGGUUUUACUUUUCUUCGCGUAUUUCAAGCAAACUGUGCAUGAAUCAUCAAACGAAUAUUACAGAGUUCGUCCAGUCAAAGUUUAUUACUAUUUGGAAGAUGAUUCUAUCGCAGUGGUUGAACCAGUUGUCAACAACAGUGGAAUUCCUCAAGGGAAACUCAUAAAGCGACAGCGUCUACCCAAGAAUGAUCUUGGCGAAUACUGGCAUUGGAAAGACCUUAACCUUGGAAUCAAUGUUACAUUUUAUGGAAAAGUGUUUCAUCUUUAUGACUGUGAUGCUUGGACAAAGGAAUACAUGGCCAGUGAGGGAAUAGAACUUAACCAGCCUGCAUUGCCAGAAACAGAUCCUUACACUGAAUCCCGCAAACAGCCUCUUCGAAGCUAUAAGACACCUUCGUCAUUUGACAAACUAAAACAGUUCCUGGAACUGGAUAGAAAGGUCCUGAGGUUUUAUUGUGUCUGGGACGACAGGGACAGUAUGUUUGGGGAAAUGAGGCCAUGUAUCAUCCAUUACUAUCUAGUAGAUGACACAGUGGAGAUAAGGGAAGUUCAUACGGGGAACGAUGGACGGGAUCCUUUCCCUGUGCUGGUUUGCAGGCAGAGACUACCAAAAGACAGAACAAAAGUUGAAUCUUCUUUUCCUUCUUGUGUUUUGGAGUUAUCUGAUCAUGAAAUCAAAGACUGGUUCACACCCAGGGACUUUGUGGUUGGUGAAACUCUAUUUAUUUUGGGAAGAAGGUUCCUGCUCCAUGAUUGUGAUGAGUUCACAAAAAAUUACUUCAGGAAAACAUUUGGUAUUACUGACUUCAAUCCGGUUGAUGUGAAGGGACCUCCAAGAGAGCCUUUAGUUAAGGAUGUUCCACCAUACAAUGGGUUUGGAUCACUUCAAGACAGCUUGCAGUCCUGUCUAUCACUGGUGCCGCAACCUCCAAAGAAAGACUUCAUUAAAAUGUUGGAAAAUGAUCACAAAGUACUCAGAUAUGCUGCAACCAUGGAAAGCUUCCGACCUGAGGACAAGAACAGACGUUUCAUCAUUUACUACCGCUUAUCAGAUGACAUGCUGACAAUCUAUGAGCCUCCAGUGAGAAAUGCAGGCAUAAUUGGUGGAAAAUUCCUUGAACGCACUCAUGCUACCAAGCCAGGAUCGUCUGUUGAUAAUCCUGAAUUCUACACUCCGGCUGACUUCCAGAUUGGAGCACUGAUACAGAUCUUCAAGCAUCGCUUCAGAAUAAUUGAUGCUGAUGAGUAUGUCCUGAAAUACUUGGAAUCACAUGCACAGGUUUACCCCAUCACCACCAUCAAUUCAAUCAGAGAAAAACAUGGCAGACCACCCACAACCACAGAGGAGCUGUUAGCAUCUGUUCCACAGGGAGAUACUGAUCCCAACUUACAGAAGAGACAACCAAGUGGAAUAAAGACAGAAUACCAGAGAAGGUAACACUGAUUGC